UGGAUCUAGUGGCCCUCUCACAACCUCUCGCAGAUGCCAUUGCUGCCGCUUUGCCAGCAGAUUUUGACGGAGAAUCGACGAGAUUCCCCGAUGAUAACUCGCUUUUGUUAAGGCAAAAGUACUGACAUUUAUCUUGCCGGGCAUCUUUUUUUUGGCGUGCUCUCAACUUCGAGGGAAAAACUAGGUCAAAGAUGCACAUCUUCAAAGUGAAAUUUCGAGGGAAAAACUAGGUCAAAGAUGCACAUCUUCAAAGUGAAAUUCGGUAAGGUCUAAUUCGAGGAAGCAUCAUGGCUGCGAUAAUGGCGCGCGCCAAUGCGCCGGGCAGCACCUUACCAAGCGCGUUCGGACCGACAGCGGGGUCCCCGCCAGCUUGGGACGUCACGGGACUGACCUAUCUUGGAGAGGCAGAUGACGCUUUUUCGUUCACCACUAGCACUACGACGACCACGACAAUCAAUCCCGGCGACGUGAUCUACCCACGGGAUAUCUUCAUUGAGAUGACGCUGCCAAGCGGUGCUGGCAACGUGAGUGCGGAAGACGUAUAUCUGAGUCCUGAGUUUCUCGGAGUCGUUGCCGAAGGUAUUUACGCUUUCAUCUCGAAUGCCACUGGGAACAACGCCACCUUGUUGAGCCAGAUCCUCAUUGUGGGCAUGCAUCCGCAUAUCGUUUCGACGUCGGGGCCAGCUUUUGGUGACACUUCUAGUGGCAAUGGAACUUAUGCCUACCACAAUAAUUGAAAUUAAUAUAAUCUUACGAUUAACAGGCAUUUUACUGAAAUAGAAAUUAUAAUCUUACAAUUAACUACAGGCAUUUUACUACUUUGCCUUGAUGUUGCUUGCAACUUCAAGGGGAACAAGAUGAAUAAGGCACUAUUAAAAGAUCUUCACGCAAAUAAUUGCAAAAUGAAUUUGGGUGACAACGACAAGGCCCUCGUCCUCUAAAGAACCUCGACAGUGCAAGUAGCGGUGAAGGUCGAUUUUCAAGUCCCAAGUGGGGACCCUGCCAUCAUCGCACUGCUCACACGGAACCUGUUUCCUUCAGGGGGUACGCUUGGCAUGACACCUGCUUCUGCGCAAAACCUUAUGGACAGCAUCUUAGAGAAGCUCGAGGAGCAUGUCGGAACCACAAACUCUACGAAUUCGGCUAUCCCAGCAAAUGCGGUCCCCGAGUCCAUAAGACCAGCACCGCUAACACCAACGACCACAACGACACCAGGUGGGACUCAGUACUUUGAUAGUGGUGGAGGAAGCGGAGGAGGAGGCACCACAAUCGUGAGACAGGGCACGUUUGAUCUAUCUGUGCCAUUCGCAUCGCUGCAGAAUAGCCUGAAUAUGACGGUAGACGAAUUUUUUGACGCUUUGGUAUCAAAUCCAGAGUUUCGUGCAAUCUUGGCCGACACUUUCUCCGACUUGAUAACCUUGAAACUUGGCGCAGCACUAGCCGCAGACGUGAGCGUCACGAAUGUUGCAGCGAACCUUCUCAAUUCGAUACUAGAAAUAUGAAGGGAAAAUGCUUGCUCAUACUCCGAUAAAGAUGCCUCACUGAAGAUUUUUCAGUUUGAUUUAUUUCACUAACAGAUCUCAGAUCAUACUUUCUUGCUACCACAAGUAUAAUUGUUCUUGAAUGAUGCUAUAAUCUUUGAUACGGUGUUGAGUAAUGAUCAUAAAUUUUCCUGUCAUGAGAUAGCAUCGCGUCUGCAGACGCGAAUGGGAAUGUGACGAUGGCGACAGCGACGAUAGGCUACACGGUGGAGAUGUGGGUACCGGAUGACAGUCCUGCUUUGGCGGCACUAACAGACGCCACAACAGGUUUGUUCCCGGAUACCAGUUCUGUUAAGGCUCCAUCACUCGUCUUGACCUUGAGAAGCAGGCAUCUUUUGUUUUUUCUUUUUUUGUGGAAAGCAAGGAUGAAAGGAAGGCAAAGACAGAUGCUCUCAACUACACACACUGACUUCAAGAAGUAUCUAUCUAUACGUAAUUAUAUACUAUAGCGUUAUAGUACUACUUAAAAGUAGUUUCUUUUUCUCAUUGGUGUUGGUCAGUUGCUUAAGAAGCUCACUUCAGAUAUUGUUGCCUGUUAUUCGUGGAGGUGGACUCGAGCUCUAACUCUGGCGGCAGUGGUGUCCCGCAGUCGAUUUUAGAUCUGCUAAAGACGUUGCUAGAACAGAAUCUGAAAGAGCAGGCAGAGACGCCCGGCAGUUCCUUACCCGGUGCCGGUUCAGGGGAUCAUGACGUUAAGGGUAGGUUAAAGGUGCUUUUCUUACCGCUUUGUGUGCCUCUCCUAAGGGAGAAAGGCAUAAAAAGCGGGGUAAGCGAGCACCAAAAACCGACCUCUAAUGACGGAGUUCUUGGGCAAAUCACAGUGCCCGAAUUCGGUCCAAUCGUUACGCCUCCUACCACCACGACCUCAACGACAACGACGACUGGCGCCCCGUACUUGUUGCAGCGGAUUGAAGUAACUCUGCAUCUGCCGGCUUCACUGGACGAGCAGAACCUCAUAGAAAAUCCUUACGAGCCAACUUUUACGUAGGAGUGUUCCAUAACCAUAGGAGGAAAACCAAAUUAUAACUAUAAAAUUGUUUCUAACUACUACCAGAUGAAGAUGUAAAUUUGAUAAUUUCAAGACGGAUUCGGAGUCGAGUGAGCUCUAAAAUCCCGAGUUUUUGCAGGCGUUGAUGACAGGAGUGCGCGACUACAUUGCGGACGUCACAGACGCGGCGACGGCCGCGACUGUUUUCAUCACAGAUUUGGAAGCAGAGAUUGUAAAGAUAGUUAAGGCUCAUGUCUGUGUUCAUCUACCCAUUUACUUAUGUAUUGUAAGAAUAGUCAAGGCACAUGUCUUUGUCACGAUACUCAUACUCAGGUACUUUAUCUAAGUAAGUACAUUUUCUUGUUCAUAGGUGUUUUUUGCGGUUCUAGUUUUUUGUUUCGUUCGUUCGGGUUCGUAUAUCAAUCUACUUUCUCUUCGGACUAUGAGAGUGAGAAAAUGAGCUACAUUUACUUGCUAAGUGAAGUCAAAUGAGCUAGAGUUACUGUAGUAUUACUGUGUCUGUCUGUGAGCUGCUCCUCUAAAGUCGGUAACACAAAAACGCCAGCAGGCGGAGACAGUUCGACAAGCAUAAAAGAAGUUACAGUUGGCAUUCUCGUCACCUUCGAAAUACCAACCGCAGACUCGCAUACUAUUUCCCAACUAACAGACGUUGCGUUUCCAAGUAAUUCUACUGCUGCAACGACAGAAGCUUUGAAAGACGCAGUAAGUCAGGCUUUGGGAGAGGCAGCUGCGUAUCCGGGAAGCAGCCUGCCGAAGUCAAGUGUUAAGACCGUGAUAAAUCGCAGAUGAAGCCAUGUCCUCUGCGUGUCGCAUAUUAUCGACGCAAUGGGUAUACUAUAACUAAUUACUUAUCCUCUCGCAAUUUUCAAAACCUUCAUGUUAAUCAGUACGUGAAAGCUGUCGGCAGGAGCAUAUUGACCGACCUUCUAGUCCAAGGAUGCAUGUAAGUAGUUUUUAGUACUUGGAAAAUGUGAGAGAGAAGGCAUCCAGGUACUUCGCGUACUUCGAUGAUCAUAGCCUCUAACUUCGGGACACAUAUGACGCAGAUCGUCGAUGGAGAAGGAGUCUUAGUGCCAGUUUCCCCUGGAACCGCACUCAUUAUUGUAGGCGAGGUAAUAUUAGUAGGCCCGAUGGUUGGGCCUAUUGGUGGUGGGGCCGGAGAUGAAAAUACAGGCGGCGGAGGCGACCAAGAUAAUAUUAAGGCUACUUUUUACAAUAGUACUAAAUGCAUCUUCCCUGCUGGCAUGAUCUCGGUCCCGUUUCUCAAGGGAAAACGGGAACCAGGAUGCUCGCCAAUAUGGAUUUAUGUAGGUUCUAAGAAUAGUACCAGGACUGGUAAUGACACAUCGUCAGGCAAUGGAGCGUCGUCCGGUAAUGAGACAUCUUCGGGAGACACAGUAGAGGAAGACGAAGACGAGGAAGUUAAGGAAAAUAGAGGUGACGUGGACGAUGAGGAAGUUAAGGCUUAGACUUACUUGAAGAUGAACAAAUUGUCAAUAACAAAGCUCUAUUCAUCCUUAUCAAUCAAUUUUGUUCGAGCUCGGCACGAUCCGUGUAGAGUGGGCAAUAGCAACCUAUCCUAUCCUAAUUAUAGGUUUUUACAAACAUCGGAAUUUAGUCACUUCUUUGUUCUAGGUUUUUUCUUAAGUGUCCAGCAGGCCAAGCAACGCCCAAACCACUGUGCCCCCUUUCCCAGAACUGAGAAAGAUGGUUUUAUUCUCACACUUCGUCUUCUAUACACUGUUCUUUCUGCUUCAAGGCUUUUUCUCACACCUCAUCUUCUAGACUUAGCCCUUCUAGCACCCCUUCUAAUGACGACGUGAACGUGGGUUACAGCGUUUCCGAUAAUGUCACUUUUGAGGGGAGACAAGAAGAGGAAUUUGAAAUCGACAUGGGAGGUCUGGAAGACGUACCAUUUGCAAUGCAAGCGAUUGUUAAGGCCUUCGAUGAUAGUAGUUCGUUGAGGUUCUAGUUAGUUCUCCAUUUUGUGUUUCUUCUAGAUAGGACAUGUCUAGCACACAUUACAGUUGAUGUUCUUUUCCACGAUUAUAAUUCAUCUCUGCAGCUUCGGUUUUCUCCGUCUCUUUUUGGGGGAGUGUUUAGUCUGUCUUACCAUUUACAGUUUGGAUCAUUUAAGAGUACUUCUUUUCUAUGCAAAUGCAGCUCUAAAUUGAAGUUCGCCAAGAACUUCGCUGCGGGUUCCAUUUGCGGAGCCCUGGUGGCUUUUGCUCUGCUCGAGGGUACGUGAUAGAAGUCGAUGUGGAUGUUGUAUAUUAAAGUACUUACCUGUCUUACAACUCAUUCUUUUUUAGGGAUAGGAAAAGUUCACCAUCGGCUACUAAUGCUUAAAAUGAAGUUUGAUGGUGACUUUUCUUCAUCUUGAUGCUACUACUUCUUGCUUGGAAUGCAUUGUUGACGUAACGACCUCCUAUUUAUCGGCGAUAUGUCAUCAUGGUGGAAACGAGGAGCUCUCACCAUGAAAUAGGCGUGGCAACUUGCAGUGGAUUUCUCAGCAUGUGAGCUUUUUCUAAGGAGCUACAGAAAUUAAUAAAGAAGUUUUAGUUUAGGUUUACCCUGAUUAUAUUUUUCCAAUCACUCUGAUAUUCGUCAUCGUCUCGUGUCAUCACAAGCACAUCAAUGCGGAAGCGCACUAGAAGCAAUCUAUGAAUCAAUCCAACUACUUUUCAGUUGAAGAGUUCUUGAAGUGGAAUUGCUUACCAAUUUUACCAACGGAAAUGGAUACUUUUUUGUAAGAUUGAUGUUCUUUUUGCAUCGAGACGGCCAUGGCUGUAGCUAGGUCCGUCUAGUAUGUCCUCGAAGUAUAUUAGGAUAAAAACUACGGAAAAGCCAGCGGUUUUGAAAUUAAAUAGAUGAACAAUCGAAACUAGGGAAAUUGCCCUUCUGGAUCCAACGUGGCCACGGCUUUUCCCUAGCGGACCGCCGUCGUCGCCGUCUUUUUUUUGGUUUGUGCGGUAUGAGAGAAAAAUCGGGACCCCCGCAACAACUUUUAG